CUUGACAAUUGCCAUCAAUCAAUUUUACUAAAUUCAAAAUCAAAAAAUCUUCCGGCUAUUCUCGACUCGUGUAAAAUCACUAAUCAGUUGAAAAUUUUAUUCUAAAUUCCAAUUUUCUUAGCAAUGCAAUAGCAAGGAUUGAGGGCUCUGGCAUUUAUAAAUUAAGUGGGUGUUCAAGAAUUAAUUCGGAACCACUAACUUCUGAGCGGUAAAAAAAAAUAAGCAGCUAUGAGUAAACCAGGACAGCCUCCACCAGUAGCACAAUUUAACCCAGUACCAAAGAUUAUAAACGGUGGCAUUGCGGGAAUCAUUGGCGUCUCCGUCGUGUUCCCCUUGGAUCUUGUGAAGACGCGAUUGCAAAAUCAAACUGUCGGACCAAAUGGAGAGAGACAAUAUAAGAACAUGCUGGAUUGUUUCAAAAAGACAUAUGCGGCGGAGGGUUACUUUGGCAUGUACAGGGGAUCAGCAGUUAACAUCAUCCUCAUCACUCCAGAAAAGGCCAUAAAGCUCGCUGCCAAUGACAUGUUCCGUUUCUACCUUACACUGCCGGAUGGAUCACUGCCAGUAUUUCGUCAAAUGAUCGCCGGUGGUAGCGCAGGCGCUUGCCAAAUUGUCAUCACAACACCUAUGGAGCUGUUGAAGAUUCAGAUGCAGGACGCUGGAAGACUCGCCGCGCAAGCUAAAGCGGAGGGCCGAAAAUUCGAAAGAGUCACAGCUAUGCAAUUGACUCGUAAGCUGGUGGCGGAGCGCGGUAUUUUUGGGCUUUACAAGGGUAUCACGGCAACUGCGGCGAGAGAUGUGUCAUUCAGUAUUGUCUAUUUCCCAUUAUUUGCGACACUCAACGAUCUUGGGCCCAAAGAGCCGGGUGCCGCAGCGCCACCUUUUUGGUGGUCCUUCGGAUCGGGUUGUGCGGCUGGAUCAACGGCCGCGCUCGCAGUUAACCCCUUCGACGUUGUAAAGACUCGAAUGCAGACUCUGACAAAGGGAAGUGGCGAAAGACAGUACACCUCCAUCCUAGAUUGUAUCACGAAAACCUUAAAGUUUGAAGGGCCAACCGCCUUCUUCAAAGGCGGGGCGUGUCGUAUGAUUGUCAUAGCCCCGCUCUUCGGAAUUGCGCAAACCAUCUAUUAUCUAGGUCUAGCCGAGAACUACCUAGGCAUUAAAUAAAUUUACACAAAGUUACACAUGUUUUAAGUUUACUGUGCAUUUAAUUUCGACCCAAUUAUAGUAAACUAUUUAUUUUGCUUAUUUAAACUAUUUAUGUGUAUAAAGAAAUUUAAACUACAAAAAUGUAAAACCUACGUGUAAAUGGGGUAGUGACGUUGGACAUAUAUACUACAACAAUACUAUGAAUAUUUGAAGAACUACUUGGCAACAUAGUGUCACUGACUAAUCUAAUUUUGGUAACUCAUUUAAUCGUGCUGAUUACUGGAAUCACUUAAGGUAACAAAGAAGACUUACUGCGAACUAUGUGUCAAAAUCUAAUGCAUUUUUGACGUACGUAGCGCUAAGGCUCGUUUCUAAAUAUCUCCGAAAAAUUAACAAAUUGAAAGAAAUGUGUUCUCAGUCAUUAUGAGUCGAUUUACUAUAAGUCAAAUUUAAAGUUUUACAUUUAAAUUCAUAUGUAACAACCACAUUUCGGAACUAAAUAUAAUAAAUGCUAGUUCCUCGUCUUUUAUGUCAAAGGAUUUUAAAUAUUCGCCUACGAAUAUGACGAACUUAUACUACGUCACUACCGAGAGUUACAAAAAAAACCUGGUACGGAGAUAGUCGCCAUAAAGUUGGUAUUUAACAACACAAUAUGAUUUUGCGUGUUUUAGUUCCUGAACCAUAAAAUUUUCCGAAACGCCAAAAAUGAGAACACGUUUUUGUUGUCUAUGAAAGUAGAUUUCAUCACCAUUAUUAUCUAUACUAAUUUAUUUAUUUGUAAUUAUAGUUUAUUUUGAUAAAUGUAUUGUUGCGUUAAAUUAUUUUAUUGUUAUGAUGCCCUAUUUAAUAUUUAUAUGUUCCUUUUUAUUAAAUGACAAAAGCAUGUUGCUGACACAGUUUAGUACAAUUUUCUAGCUCAAUUUAUUUUAAAUUUUAGUUUAAGCUCAGCAAUUAUAUAUAAUAGAUCUAGCGAAAUUAUUAUUUUAAUGUUCACUGUUUUAACUGUAAAUUUUUUAUUUUAUUUUAUUCAAUUUAAUAUUGUCGACAUGACCAAAUUAAAGUGGUUUGCGCUUAUAUAUAAACUGCAUAAUAGCCUGCAUAAGGCUGUUGACCUUGAGCGAACAAUAUGUCCGCGGUUUUAUUGAUUUAAAAAAAAAACAAGUCCACGUAAACCAACUUCGGCAAUAAAAGGAAUUGGAAUAUGGAUGCGUAUUUUAAACUCAGUUCAGUUUAGGAUUUUUCUUUUAUUUGAAAUACUAUAUUAUUUUAAAUGUAAAUUUUUGUGGCUAGAUUUAGAAUUGAUCACUUAUAAAAAUUUUUUUAUAUAAUACGCUAUGUUUUUUUUGGUAGUUCUUAUUAUAAAUUCCUUAUAUUAAAUAACUAUAAAUUCUUAUCUUUGCGUAUAGUCUUAUUAUAUAUUAAUUAUUGUUAUUUGCAGCUACAUACAUCUUUUAUAUUUGACAAAUUAGGCUUAAAGACGAUGUGAUCGUGAUAUUUUGUUGCUACAUUUUUAAAUUAUCAUGAAUGGUCAUUAUAUCUAAAAUAAUAUUCAAUUAUAAUGUUGACAAUAAAUGUUUAAAUUGUUAGUAAUUAAGUGUUGCUAUUGUAUAGCCUAUCUGGGGAAACAAUGGCAUUUAAAAAAACAUAGCUUUUUUCGUCAUAUUGUAAUUUAAAAAUAGAUAAGCUAUACAAUAACAUUAUCGUAGCUAGGCUUUAUGUUCAACAACAAAUUAUACUAAGCUUAUCUUAAAGGUCAAUAAUCUAGCUACGGUUUUAAAUCAAACCAUACACAAACCACAUUAAAACAUAUUCAAUAUUUGUGACCGAAAUUUUACUACAGAUUUAUUAAAAUAAUUGAACUUUGUGAAUAAAUGAAUCUCAACAAAUUUGGUAAUAAAACCCGUUUGGUUUGUGUAUGGGUGCUCUGUGUCAAUUGUUAAAUUAUGCAUUUGAAUGAAUUCAUAUUUAAAUAAGUCAUAUAUCCAGUUCAAAUAUAAAUGUGUACCUAUCGUGCUAAAGCUAGUCAUAUUAUAAUGCUUGUUACUUUUAUUUUAAAAAGAAACUGACAACAUUACAGUGGCCAUAUAAAUAAUAGACAUUUGAACACAUUUAAAGUAUGAAACAGAGACUGAAUUAAUUUGUUACAUACUUGUAAACAUAUAUUAGCUCAGAGCAUAUGAGUAUAUUUUUUCGUCGUAUUAGGAGCGCAUUUUUUAAAAACAGGAAUAAUACAUAAUACGCGCUAAAUUUACAUAGACCUUGUCCAUUGAUUAAUGUGGAAAUUAACUAUAUAUUUGCUUGUAACAUUCCUUAUAGCAUUAAAUUUGCAUUUAGUUUUAUAUAAAUCUUCCUUUACCAAGACAAUACAUUUGGCUGUUUUGAAUGUCGUCAAUUACUGGAGUCCUUAAGACCAUGUCCAUAUUGAAUAGCUGUUACAUAGAUUUCAAACUGAACUGGAUUAUUUAGAUUAUGUUGCGGUUGUUAGAACUUGAGAGAUUUGGCAUAGAUCUAGGUGUUCAAUAAACAUUGUAUGAUU